AUGUGGCCCACGAGGUCUUACGAUGAGACUCAGAAUGCCCUCAAAAUUGAACACCUCACGAGGCUGUUUGAAUUCUGCCAACAAACUUUCUUCACUUUUGCGGGAGAGACCUAUGAACAAAUUAAGGGAACCCCAAUGGGCUCACCGGUCUCCGGUUUGGUGGCAGAACUGGUCCUACAGGAGUUAGAAAAGAUUGCCUUCCUCCAACAUGAACCGGUGUUUUGCCGCCGUUGCGUAGACGGCACGUUCGUCAUCGUAAAGAAGGACAUGCUGCAACAUUUCCACAGCCUGCUCAACGCAGUCUUCCCUGAUAUAAGAAUCACGAGGGAAGAAGAACAAGAACAGCAGUUGCCCUUCCUGGAUGUGCUCGUCAGACGAAACCUUAACGGUGAACUUGAAACGACUGUUUAUAGGAAGGCUACGAACACCACACAGCUUCUCAGUUUUCACAGCAACCAUCCGGCGGCUCACAAACGAAGCUGUGUGAAGACGCUCUUCUAA